AUGUCUGAAACACCACUUCUUCCGAGCCGUGAAUCGAAUUCCACUUUUCCUCCUGUCCCUCCUCCCGUCAAGGAGAUAAAGAGCACCACAGUGGCGACAGUGGCAGCGUUCCUUUCUGCGGUUGAAGCUCAGUUCUUAGCGAUCACCCUUGGAGAGGGGAACUGGCACUCUGCCAACACCGUUCUGAUAUUCUCUUUGUUGUUCACUUUACUUGGGGGUUUGAAGGGUAUUAUCUCUCCAAGCCCUUGUCAGAUCCAGCAAUCGAGAGCGCUAUCAUACAUACUGGGCACAUUGGAUGAUAUCCUUGGUGGUACAGCGCCUCCAGCACGAUCUGAUCAUCUUAUCAGUUUUGCGCACCGUGACGCGCUGCGACUUAGCCACCCACCCCUUACGGGCCGGAUCAUACACUCUCCUCAAGAGGCAAGGUUUGUUGACCUUAUGAAGGCCUCUUCAUUUGACAGCUGCUUCUCUGGUGGGGUUAUGUAA